AACCGGUCCGGGAACCGGUUCCGAGGGAUUACCCACCCGGGAACCGGUUCGACCGGACCGGUUUGGGAACCGGUUGGAGAACCGGUUUUUACGCCUAAAGCGAAACCCUAAUUUUAUUUCUUCCUUUAACUGCAGAGGCGCAGACGCAAGAACCAGACUUCCCUGAGCUCCUCUCCCGGUUCCCCUCGCGUUCGCACCACCGCUGCCAAGCUCCUCCUCCUCCCCUGCCCCGCCGCCCCCGCCGUCACCGUCACUGUCAUCGUCACCCCCGACAACCUCCACCUGCUCAACCCCUUCCUCGCCUCCUCCUCCUCGCUCCAGCCUCUCGUCUGCCGAUCUACCGCCGCCCCCCCUUCGUGAAGCUGCCGCUGCCUCGCUGCUCUGCCGGAGCCCCGUUGCCAACGUCUGCUCGUUCGCUCACCACCUCUGGGCGCCAUCGCCGCUGCGACCAGACGCCAAAAGCCGCCGUUCCUGCCGCGAUUCCGUCCUCAGCCCGUCCGUCCGAGCCCCUGCACCACCACCUCCCUGCUGCUGGGUCCUUCUCUGCUCGACGCCCGACAGAUUUGCUCCGCUCGUAUCCUGGUUCCAAUAUAAACAGGGUCAACCUUGUUCCCGGACCGGAAAAACAGGGUGGGCCGGGAACAGGGUCCAAUGAAAACAGGGUAGGGAACAGGGUCCAAAAAAGGAGAACCGGUUAUAACAGGGUAGGGAACAGGGUCCAGGUCUAGACCCUACCCACCCUGGACCCGCUCACCCCUAGUCUGCUCCGACCGACCACCUGCCUUCGCCGUUGGAUGCCGCCCCGCCACUCCGGCCGCCGCCGCCGCCGCCAACGACGGGGUCCUCUCUCUCGGCUACCCAAGUAGCUUCCUAUCAAACCGUUGUUGGGCGCUGGUGCUUCUCCGAUUCCUUCUUUCGAAGCAAAGCAAAAUCACAUCACAAGAGAGGAGAUCAUAGCUCACAAUUCUCGACCAAAGUCUCUUCAUUCUAAUGGCGGCCAAGAAGCUGGUCCGAGACUUGGUGCUCUCGGGACACCCUCUUCGUCUCCACCUUAGUUCUCAGGCCCAGGCUUCGAGUUCGAGGCUGAGGUUGAUUACAGCAGGUGGGCACUCGUGUAAUCGUCGAUAUAGCGUGUUUAAUGAGUUCUCUAAGAAAGUUAAAGGCGAAGCAAGCGGCAAUCCAGAGUUUCAGAAGUCAGUGAAGCAGCUAAAAGAAAAGGCAGAAGAGCUUAAAGGGGUGAAGGAGGAGCUUAAAGUUAGAACAAAACAGACAACUGGGCAGUUGUACAAGCAUGUCGAUGGUGUUUGGACAGAGGCUGAAGCUACAGCAAAGAAGGUUUCUGCCAAUGUGAGGGAAAAAAUAUCUUCUGCAACUGAGGAGGUCAAAGAACAGUUGGGGAUUGGGAAGCAAGAGGAAUCAGCAUCUGCGAGUGGUUCAGCAAAACAUGAUGCUCACGCCAAAGGUGGAAAUGAGGGAAAAUCAACAGAAGAAAAAUGCAAGCAGGCUGGUUCUGGUGAUAACACAGAAUCAUUUUUUGGCAAAUACAGAACAAGCUUCUUUUCCUCUUCUCCUAAGGUCUCGUCAACUUUCCAGAAGCUGAAGGGAGUAAAGGUUGUUGACUUGGCAAAGCAGGGAUAUGAUAUUGUCAAGGAUGAGUUGAGUGGUAGCCCGAGUAAGAGAAAGCAUAUGGAACAUGCGCCUACUACGUCAACAGUCGAAAGAAGUACAAGAACUGAUAUAGUUGUUCUACCUUCUAAGCAGUCUCCGUGGAGUAAAAAGUGGGAAGCAUUUAAAGAGAAAGUCAAAGGGCAUCCCAUGUUCAAGCGUAUUGGUAACGUGAGUGAGCCAGUUGUAACGAAAGGUCAGGAGAUUGCAGAAGAUAUGCGGGAGAGAUGGGAAACUAGUGACAGCCCUGUUGUGCAUAAAAUUCAGGAUCUCAAUGAAACUAUCUUUCAAGAAACAGAUGCUGCAGCAUCUAUGAAGGAAAUACGCCGGCGAGACCCAUCUUUCUCUUUACCAGAGUUUGUGGCUGAAGUCCAGGAAGUAGUAAAGCCUGUGCUUAAUGCUUACAUUAAGGGAGAUGUUGAAACUUUAAAAUAUUGUAGCUCUGAAAUCAUUGAGAGAUGCAAAGCUGAGCAUGGUGCUUAUCAGAGCCAUGGCAUUUUUUUCGACAAUAGGAUUCUGCAUGUGUCUGACGUUGACGUAAGAGAAACAAAAAUGAUGGGCACUUCACCAAUUAUCAUUGUCGGGUUUCAAACUCAGCAAAUAUAUUGCGUACGUGACAAAAAUGGUGCCAUAACUGAAGGUGGCAAGGAUACGAUACACACCGUCUACUAUGCUUGGGCUAUGCAACAAGUGGAUCCGGAAGAGCUUGGGGAAGGUGCUAUCUUUCCCAUCUGGAGGUUAAGAGAAAUGCAACAAAUCGGCGUCCAAGCUCUAAUAUGAUGGUUCUAUACUUAUUUAAUCAUUGAUUAAGACAGGCAUGAUUCCUGCGUCAGAGUAGAUGAUCAGUUGCUUAUUCGUAUGGUAACGAGUUCGAUUUAUUGCCGAGAUCGGGAUAGAAGCUCAUCCAGUUAGGAUAUUCCCUUUUUUUCAUUUGGGGGGUUUCGAUAUCGACGGGCUGCUGCCAGUUUUGAGGGAUUACCGUUAAAGAAAAGAAAGUGUAUUUUUUUAAUGUUUCAUCUCAUGUAAAAUAAAUCUGGAAACGAUCAUGAGAAUGAUCGGAAAGUGGUAUGGUACUGUUUCCAUUGAUUCUAACUGUCCUACCUGCAUCGUCACUUCUGAUAAUGUAUCUGUAGCAGCGUGCUGUUAGACUCUAUAAAUCCUCAUUCAAGCAAAUUCAGUUC